AGCCCCAAUCACAGCCCCAGCUCCAGCCCCAGUCACAGCCCGAGCCCCAGCCCCAGCCCCAGCCCCAGCCCCAGCCCCAGUCACAUCAACAGUCACAGUCACAGCCCUAGCCCCAGCCCCAGUCACAGCCCCAGCCCCAAUCACAGUCCCAGCACCAGCCACAUCCAUAGCCCCAGACCCAGUCACAGCCCCAGACACUUUCCCACACACAGCCACAGUCCCACACCCAGCCCCAGUCCCAGACCCAGCUGCAGCUCCAGACCCAGACCCAGCCCCAGUCACAGCCCCAGCACCAAUCACAGCCCCAACAACAGCCCCAGUCACAGCCCCAGCCCCACCAGCCCUGGCCCCAGUCACAGUCACAGUCAUAGCCCCAGACACAGCUCCAUCCCAAGUCGCAGCCCCAGCCCCAGCCCCAGUCACAGCCCCAGCUCCAGCCCCAGCCCCAGCCCCAGUCACAGUCACAGACACAGCCGCAGCCACAGCCCCGGCCCCAGUCAUAGCCCCAGUCCCAUACUCAACCCCAGUCACAGCCCCAGACCGAGUCUCAGCCCCAGCCUCAGCCCCAGCUCCAGCCCCAACCCCAGCCCCAGUCUCACCCAGUCACGGCACCAGCCCCAGACACAGCCCCAGCCUCAGCCCCACCGCAGCCCCAGCCCCAAUCUCAGCCCCAGUCAAAGUCACAGAUCCAGUCCCAGUCAGAGCCCUAGUGUUAACUCCAGCCCCAUUCCCAGCCCCAUUCCCAGCCCCAUUCCCAGUCGCAGCCCCAGCUCCAGCACCAGUCGCAGCCCCAGCCCAAGUCACAGCAGCAGCCUCAGCCCCAGCCCCAGCCCCAGCCUCAGUCACAGCCGCAGUCCCGGCCCCAGCCCCUAUCACAUCCCCAGCCCCAGUUACAGCCCCAGUCACAGCCCCAGCCCCAGCCCCAGUCUCAGCCCCAGUCAAAGUCACAGCUCCAGUCCCAGUCAGAGCCCUAGUGUUAGACCCAGCCCCAGUCACAGCCCAAGCCCAGACACAGUCAGCCCCAGUCAAAGCCCCAGACCCAGUCACAACCCCAGUCGCAGCCACAGCCCCAGCCCCAGGCCCACAUGCAGAAACAGCCCCAGUCACAGUCACAGCCGCAGCCCCAACUCCAGCACCAGCACCAGCAUCAGCCCCAGCCCCAGCCCUAGUCCCAGUCCCAGCAAGGAUAGCCCCAGUCCCAACCCCAGUCCCAACAGCAGCUGCAACCACGGCCUCAGCCCCAGCCUCAGCCCCAGCCCCAGCCCCAGGCCCAUGCCCAGCUCCAGUCACAGCCCCAGUCACAGCCGAAACCUCAACACCAGUCACAGCCCCAGCAACAGCCACAGCUCCAGCUCCAGCCCCAUUCACAGCCCCAGCCCCAGCCCCAGCCCCUGUCCCACCCCAGUCCCAGCACCAGCCGCAACCACAGCCCCAGCCACAGUCCCAGACACAGCCCCAGCUCCAAGCCCCAGCCCCAGCCCGAGUCACAGCCCCAGCCCCAGCCCCUGACCCAGCCCCAGUCACAGUCACCGCCCCAACCACAACCCCAGCUCCAGCCCCAGACACAGCCCCAGGCCCAGUCACAUCCCCAAUCACAGCCCCAGCCCCAGUCACAGCUCCAGCCCCAGUCACAGCUCCAGCCCCAGUCACAGCCCCAAUCACAGCCCCAGCCCCAUUCCCAGCUCCAGCCCCAGUCACAGCCUCAGCCCCAGCCUCAGCCCCAGCCUCAGUCACAGCCGCAGUCACAGCCGCAGUCCCAGCCCCAGUCUCAGCCCCAGUCAAAGUCACAGCUCCAGUCCCAGUCAGAGCCCUAACACAGUCAGCCCCAGUCAAAGCCCCAGACCCAGUCACAACCCCAGUUGCAGCCACAGCCCCAGCCCCAGGCCCAGACAAAGCCCCAGUCACAGUCACAGCCGCAGCCCCAACUCCAGCACCAGCACCAGCAUCAGCCCCAGCCCCAGCCCUAGUCCCAGUCGCAGCCCCAGUCACAGCGCCAACAACAGCCCCAGUCACAGCCCAAGCCCCAGGCCCAGCUCCAGUCUCAGCCGAAGCCUCAGCCCCAACCCCAGUCACAGCCCCAGUCCCAACCCCAGUCCCAACAGCAGCUGCGACCACGGCCUCAGCCCCAGCCCCAGCCCCAGACCCAGUCACAGCCCCAGCCACAGUCCCACACCCAGCCACAGUCCCACACCCAGCCACAGUCCCACACCCAGCCACAGUCCCACACCCAGCCACAGUCCCACACCCAGCCACAGCCCCACACCCAGCCACAGCCCCACACCCAGCCACAGCCCCACACCCAGCCACAGCCCCACACCCAGCCACAGCCCCACACUCAGACCCAGUCCCAGCCCCAGCUCCAGCUCCAGACCCAGACCCAGCCCCAGUCACAGCCCCAGCCCCAGUCACAGACCCAGCCCCAGCCCCAGUCACAGACACAGUCACAGUCACAACCCUAGCCCCAGCCCCAGUCACAGUCCAAGCCCCAGCCACAUCCAUAGCCCCAGACCCAGUCACAGCCCCAGCCACAGUCCCACACCCAGCCACAGUCCCACACCCAGCCACAGUCCCACACCCAGCCACAGCCCCACACCCAGCCACAGCCCCACACCCAGCCACAGCCCCACACCCAGCCACAGCCCCACACCCAGCCACAGCCCCACACUCAGACCCAGCCCCAGUCACAGCCCCAGCUCCAGCCCCAGUCACAGCCCCAGCCCCAGCCCCAGUCACAGCCCCAGCCCCAGUCACAGCCCCAGCCCCAGUCACAGCCCCAGCCCCAGUCACAGCCCCACACCCAGCCACAGUCCCACACCCAGCCACAGUCCCACACCCAGCAACAGUCCCACACCCAGCCACAGUCCCAGCCCCAGUCACAGCCCCAGCCCCAGCCCCAGCCCCAGUCACAGCCCCAGCUCCAGCCCCAGUCACAGCCCUAGCCCCAGCCCCAGCCCCAGUCACAGCCACAGCCCCGGCCCCAGUCAUAACCCUAGCCCCAGUCUCAUCCCGAGCCUCAGCCCCAGCUCCAGCCCCAGCCCCAGCCCCAGUCUCACCCAGUCACGGCACCAGCCCCAGACAAAGCCCCAGCCUCAGCCCCAACCCAGCCCCAGUCACAUUCCCAGCCCCAGAAACAGCUGCAGCACCAGUCACAGCCCCAGCCCCAGUUACAGCCCGAGCCCCAGUCUCAUCCCCAGCUCCAGCCCCAGUUACAGCUGCAGCCCCAGCCCCAGACCCUCUCACAGCCCCAGCCCCAGACCCAGCCCCUGUCACAGUCACAGCCCCAACCACAACCCCAGCUCCAGCCCCAGUCACAUCCCCAAUCACAGCCACAGCCCGAGCCCCAGUCACAUCCCCAAUCACAGCCACAGCCCAAGUCACAGCCUCAGCUCCAGCCCCAGUCACAGCCUCAGCUCCAGCACCAGUCACAGCCCCAGUCCCAGUUACAGCCCGAGCCCCAGUCUCAUCCCCAGCUCCAGCCCCAGUUACAGCUGCAGCCCCAGCCCCAGACCCUCUCACAGCCCCAGCCCCAGCCCCGGCCCCAGACCCAGCCCCAGUCACAGUCACAGCCCCAACCACAACCCAAGCUCCAGCCCCAGACACAGCUCCAGCCCCAGUCACAGCCCCAGCCCCAGCCCCAGCCUCAGCCCCAAUCUCAGCCCCAGUCAAACCCCAGCCCCAGUUACAACCCCAGCCCCAGACACAGUCAGCCCCAGUCAAAGCCCCAGACCCAGUCACAACCCCAGUCGCAGCCACAGCCCCAGCCCCAGGCCCAGACGCAGACCCAGCCCCAGUCACAGUCACAGCCCCAGCCCCAACUCCAGCACCAGUCCCAGCAUCAGCCCCAGGCCCAGGCCAGCUCCAGUCAAAGUCAAAGCUCCAGUCCCAGUCACAGACUUAGUCACAGCUCCAGCCCCAGUCCCAGACCCAGUCAGCCCCAGUCAAAGCCCCAGAUCCAGUCACAGCCCCAGUUAUAGCCCCAGCCCCAUCCCCAGUCAUGGCCCCAGGUCCAGACCCAGCCCCAGUCACAGUCACAGUCACAGCACCAGCCCCAACUCCAGCAUCAGCCCCAAUCUCAGCCCCAGUCAAAGUCACAGCUCCAGUCCCAAUCAGAGCCCUAGUAGCCCCAGUCACAGCCCCAGCUCCAGCCCCAGUCACAGCCCCAGCCCCAGCCCCAGUCACAGCUCCAGCCCCAGUCACAGCCCCAGCCCCAGUCACAGCCACAGUCACAGUUACAGCCCUGGCCCCAGCCCCAGUCACAGCCCCAGCCCCAGUCACAGCCCCAGACACAGUCACAGCCCCAGCUCCAGCCCCAGUCACAGCCUCAGCUCCAGCCCCAGUCACAGCAGCAGCCCCAGCCACAUCCCCAGCCCCAGUUACAGCCCCAGUCACAGCCCUAGCCCCAGUCCCAUCCCCAGUCAUUGCCCCAGUCACAGCCGCAGCCCCAGUCCAGCCCCGGUUCCAGCCCCAUCUCCAGCCCCAGCCAGCCCCAAUCUCAGCCCCAGUCAAAGUCACAGCUCCAGUCCCAGUCAGAGCCCUAGUGUUAGCCCCAGCCCCAGUUACAGCCCCAGCCCCAGUUACAGCCCCAGCCCAGACACAGUCAGCCCCAAUCAAAGCCCCAGACCCAGUCACAACCCCAGUCGCUGCCACAGCCCCAGCCCCAGGCCCAGACGCAGACCCAGCCCCAGUCACAGUCACAGCCCCAGCCCCAACUCCAGCACCAGCCCCAGCCCCACCCCAGUCCCAGCACCAGCCACAACCACAGCCCCAGCCACCAGCCCCACUGCCAGCCCCACUCCCAGCCCCAGCCCCAGACACAGCCCCAGACCCAGUCACAUUCCCAGCCCCAGUCACAGCCCCAGUCACAUCCGCAGCUCCAGCCCCAGACACAGCCCCAGUCACCGCCCCAGUCACAGCCCCAGUCCCAAUCACAGCCCCUGUCCCAGACCCAGCUCCAGCCCCAGCUCCAGCCCCAGCCCCAGUCUCAGACCCAGUCAAGCACCAGCACCAGACACAGCCCCAGCCCCAGUCAUAGCUCCAGUCACAGCCCCAGCACCAAUCACAGCCCCAGUCACAGCCGAAUCCCCACCGCAGCCCCAGUCCAGCCCUGGCCCCAGUCACAGCCCCAGCCCCAGUCACAGUGCCAGCACCAGCCGCAUCCAUUGCCCCAGCCCCAGUCACAGCCCCAGCCACAGUCCCAGACACAGCCCCAGUCCCAGACCCAGCCCCAGCUUCAGACCCAGACCCAGCUUCAGACCCAGACCCAGCCCCAGUCACAGCCCCAGCACCAAUCACAGCCCCAGUCAAAGUCGAAGCCCCAGCCCCAGCCCCAGGCCCACCCCAGUCAGUCAGAGCCACAGUCACAGUCACAGUCACAGCCCCAGACACAGCUCCAGCACCAGUCACAGCCCCAGCCCCAGCCCCAGUCACAGCCCCAACCCCAGCCCCAGUCACAGCCCCAGCCCCAGUCACAGCCACAGUCACAGUUACAGCCCUGGCCCCAGCCCCAGUCACAGUCCCAGCCACAGUCGCACACCCAGCCACAGUCCCACACCCAGCCCCAGUCCCAGACCCAGCUCCAGCUCCAGACCCAGAUCUAGCCCCAGCACCAAUCAGAGCCCCAGCAACAGCCCCAGUUCUGCCCUGGCCCCAAUCACAAUCACAGCCACAAGCCCUAGUGUUAGCCCCAGCCCCAGUUACAGCCCCAGCCCCAGACACAGUCCCUAUCCCAGCCCCAGUCCCCAUCUCAGCCCCAGUCCCCAUCCCAGCCCCAGCCCCAGCCGCAGUCAGCCCCAGCCCCAGUCCAGCCCUGGCCCCAGUCACAGUCAGAGCCACAGUCACAGUCACAGCCCCAGACACAGCUCCAGCACCAGUCACAGCCCCAGCCCCAGUCAGAGCCCCAGCUCCAGCUCCAGCCCCAGACCCAGCCCCAGACCCAGCUCCAAUCACAGCUCCAGCACCAAUCACAGCCCCACCCACAGCCGAAGCCGCAGCCCCAGCCCCAGUCACAGCCCUAAGCCGCAGUCAUAGCCCCAGCCCCAGUCCAGCCCUGGCCCCAGUCACAGUCACAGCCCCAGACACAGCUCCAGCACCAGUCAGAGCCCCAGCCCCACUCACAGCCCCAGCUCCAGCCCCAGUCACAGCCCGAGCCCCAGCCCCAGCCCCAGCCCCAGCCCCCACAGCCCCAGACACAGCUCCAUCCCCAGUCGCAGCCCCAGCCCCAGCCCCAGUCACAGCCCCAGCUCCAGCCCCAGCCCCAGCCCCACCCCAGCUCCAGCCCCAACCCCAGCCCCAGUCUCCACUCCCAGCCCCAGACCCAGCCCCAGUCACAUUCCCAGCCCCAGAAACAGCUCCAGCACCAGUCACAGCCCCAGCCCCAGUUACAGCCCGAGCCCCAGUCUCAUCCCCAGCUCCAGCCCCAGUUACAGCUGCAGCCCCAGCCCCAGACCCUCUCACAGCCCCAGCCCCAGACCCAGCCCCUGUCACAGUCACAGCCCCAACCACAACCCCAGCUCCAGCCCCAGUCACAUCCCCAAUCACUGCCACAGCCCCAGACCCAGUCACAGCCUCAGCUCCAGCCCCAGUCACAGCCCCAGCCCCAGUCACAGCCCCAGCUCCAGCAUCAGUCACAGCCCCAGCCCCAGUCACAGCCCCAGCCCCAGUCACAGCCCCAGCCCCAGUCACAGCCCCAGCCCCAGUCACAGCCCCAGCUCACAGCCCCAGACCGAGUCUCAGCCCCAGCCUCAGCCCCAGCUCCAGCCCCAGCCCCAGCCCCACCCCAGACCCAGUCACAGCCUCAGCUCCAGCCCCAGUCACAGCCUCAGCUCCAGCCCCAGUCACAGCAGCAGACCCAGCCCCAUCCCCAGUCACAGCCCCAGCCUCAGUUACAGCCGAAGUCCCAGCCCCAGCCCCAUCCCCAGCCUCAGUUACAGCCCCAGUCACAGCCCUAGCCCCAGUCACAUCCCCAGUUAUUGCCCCAGUCACAGCCGCAGCCCCAGCCCCAAUCUCAGCCCCAGUCAAAGUCACAGAUCCAGUCCCAGUCAGAGCCCUAGUGUUAACUCCAGCCCCAUUCCCAGUCGCAGCCCCAGCUCCAGCACCAGUCGCAGCCCCAGCCCAAGUCACAGCAGCAGCCUCAGCCCCAGCCCCAGCCCCAGCCACAGUCACAGCCGCAGUCCCGGCCCCAGCCCCUAUCACAUCCCCAGCCCCAGUUACAGCCCCAGUCACAGCCCCAGCCCCAGCCCCAGUCUCAGCCCCAGUCAAAGUCACAGCUCCAGUCCCAGUCAGAGCCCUAGUGUUAGACCCAGCCCCAGUCACAGCCCAAGCCCCAGUCACAGCCCCAGUCCCAGUCACAGCCCCAGCUCCAGCACCAGUCACAGCCCCAGCCCCAGUCACAGCCCCAGCUCCAGCCCCAGUCACAGCCCCAGCCCCAGCCCCAGUCACAGCUCCAGCCCCAGUCACAGCCCCAGCCCCAGUCACAGCCACAGUCACAGUUACAGCCCUGGCCCCAGCCCCAGUCACAGCCCCAGCCCCAGUCACAGCCCCAGACACAGUCACAGCCCCAGCUCCAGCCCCAGUCACAGCCUCAGCUCCAGCCCCAGUCACAGCAGCAGCCCCAGCCACAUCCCCAGCCCCAGUUACAGCCCCAGUCACAGCCCUAGCCCCAGUCCCAUCCCCAGUCAUUGCCCCAGUCACAGCCGCAGCCCCAGUCCAGCCCCGGUUCCAGCCCCAUCUCCAGCCCCAGCCAGCCCCAAUCUCAGCCCCAGUCAAAGUCACAGCUCCAGUCCCAGUCAGAGCCCUAGUGUUAGCCCCAGCCCCAGUUACAGCCCCAGCCCCAGUUACAGCCCCAGCCCCAGACACAGUCAACCCAGCCCCACUGCCAGCCCCACUCCCAGCCCCAGCCCCAGACACAGCCCCAGACCCAGUCACAUUCCCAGCCCCAGUCACAGCCCCAGUCACAUCCGCAGCUCCAGCCCCAGACACAGCCCCAGUCAUCGCCCCAGUCACAGCCCCAGUCCCAAUCACAGCCCCUGUCCCAGACCCAGCUCCAGCCCCAGCUCCAGCCCCAGCCCCAGUCUCAGACCCACCCCGGUUCCAGCCCCAGCUCCAGCCCCAGCCUCAGCCGCAAUCUCAGCCCCAGUCAAAGUCACAGCUCCAGUCCCAGUCAGAGCCCUAGUCCCUAGUCCCAGUCGCAGCCCGAGCAUCAGCCCCAGCCCCAGCCCCAGCCUCAGCCCCAAUCUCAGCCCCAGUCAAAGUCACAGCUCCAGUCCCAACACAGUCCCCAACCCAGCCCCAGCCCCAGUCCCCAUCCCAGCCCCAGCCCCAGUCCCCAUCCCAGCCCCAGUCCCCAUC